AUGGGACACUCUAACGUAUGGAAUUCUCACCUCAAGAACUACGACCCUGGCUCUCGCGUUUGCCGGGUUUGUGGGAAUCCCCAUGGGUUGAUCAGGAAGUACAGCCUCAUGUGUUGUAGGCAAUGCUUCGAUAGCAACACCAAGGAAAUUGGCUUCAUUAAGUAUCGCUGAAGGGUUUUGUCCAUCUGUUCCACAA